AUGGAUGAGAUUGGGGAGGUAGAAUCCCCUUCAUACUUUGUGUGCUCAAUAUCCUUGCAAAUCAUGCGGGAUCCUGUAACUGUGUGAACGGGCGUUACCUACGACAGGGAGAGCAUAGAGAAGUGGUUAUUUACGACGGGGAACAACAGUUGCCCCGCCACAAUGCGAGUCCUGGAUAAUUGAGAACUCACACCCAAUCAUACCCUGCGCCGCCUCAUUCAACACUGGGCCGCAGCCAACUCCUCCGCGGGCGUCCCACGCACCGCCACACCUGAUCCGCCCCUGGAUGUCAAUCACCUCAACGAAUUGCUCCGUGACAUAAGGGCUUGCCCGGUGCCUACAUUUCCAGUCAAGGCAUUGAAAGAGCUGAGAUCUCUGGCCAAGGAAAGUGAGGCCAAUAGACGGUGCACCGCUUUGUCUGAAGCACCGGCUACCUUGAUCUCUCUCCUGGAAACCCAAUCUGGGGAACCGGAUGAAAUUGGUUGUGGCUACGACGUUGCUGUGGUCUGCGAGGAAGCCCUUGGGAUUUUCCAUUCUCUGAUUCCGUUGCCAGAUGAGACGGUUGAGUUGCUCGCCAGUGCGAAGUGCCUGGAUUCCAUGGCCUCCAUUCUUAAGAGGGGAACUUCCAAUGCCCGAUUCCAUGCUGCUGUGCUUUCACAGACGGUGUCAAGGAAAUGCGUGGAACGGUUUGUUUUGAACGCCAACGAUGAUUUGAUUGAAGGGUUGCUGGAGGUUUUGACUGAGGAGGUGUGUGAGCAGGCUACCGUGGCCGCCCUUAGGGUGUUAACUGCCAUGACCUUGAGUAGCAGGAGUAGCAGAAUCAAAGCCAUCGAGGCGGGCGCUGUCUCUGCCUUGAUCGAGUUGCUUCCUGAUCAGACUGCGGAGAAAAAGAACAGGUGCGAGAGGAUGUUAUGUCUUCUCGAUGUGCUGUGUGGAUGUGCAGAGGGAAGGGCUGCCAUGGCUGACCACGCCAUGGGUAUCCCUGUGGUCUCUAAGAAAAUAAUGAGAGUGUCGGAAUUGGCUAGUGAGAAAGCUGUUCGAAUCCUUUGGUCGCUUUGCCAAUUUUCUCCUUCUGAGCAUGUUUGGAAUGAGAUGUUGCAAGUUGGGGCCGUGGCUAAGCUGUGCAUGGUCUUGCAAGUCGACUGCACGGCCAAGACUAAGAGCAAGGCAAUGGAGAUGCUUAAAAUGCAUGGCAAAUGCUGGAGGAACUCGCGUUGCGUUCCUUCAAGGAUCUUUUGAUGGAA